GAAGGUGUCUUUUGUGGUGCCAAAAUGCCGUUAGAUCAAGAAUACGAGUCUUUCUUCGCUUUGAUCCUCGGCGAAGAGUUAGAUUCCGUGGAUAAUGCCCGUGAGAUGCUACACAGACAAGAAGUUCACAAAUCGUCAGUAAGUCAGCAAAGAAAUCAUGUGGAAGUACAUCUCAAAGAUGUUCUUCCAAUAGUAAUAAAAACAGGAGAGCCAGUAAACAAGAAGCGUAAAAAAGGUGGUCGCAGCCAAGAAGAUUAUCUACAAAAGGGUGGCAUGUUGGCUUUUUAUGAUUUGAAUGAUUUCCGUUCACACUUUGGCAUGACUCGAUCACAAGUAGAGGAUUUAUUGACUGACUUACAACCACACUACCAUUAUGAAAGAGGAUCAAAACUUCCCUUGGAAAAUGUCGUCCUAGCAAGUCUUUGGGUUUUGGCCAGUCAGGAGUCAUAUCGUGUAAUUGCAGAAAGAUUCAAAACAAGUAAAUCUGUGAUCUGUACCUCUCUUCAUCACUUUUGCACUCUUGUGUCUGCAAAUUUAGAGCACAUGAUAUCUUGGCCAAGUGGUAGCUCUAUAGGGAAAACUGUCAGAGGUUUCGAGAAUGCAGGCUUCCCAGGCACUUUGGGAGCCAUAGAUGCAUGUCAGAUUUCUAUCAAUAAACCUAAGGAUGUUGAAGAACCUGAGGCAUAUAUGAAUGAAAAGAAUGUUUACUGUACUACACUUCUAGCAGUGUGUGAUCAUGAGUGUAGGUUUACAUAUGUAAAUGUAGGUCAUCCAGGAACCUUUGAUGAUGCUGAUGUUUUUAGAAGAAGUGAACUGUAUGAAGCCUUUCAAGAUGAUCCACAGUCUCUCUUACCACUGGAGUAUCGCUUGAGUGACAAAGUUUAUUGUUACCACAUCCUAGCAGAUGCUGGUUUCCCCUUGUCUGAGACUGUUAUGACCCCUUUUGAUGAAACAGGAUACCAGACGGGAAAGGAAAGACUUUAUAAUGGUAAGCAUUUUUCUGGUUUCAUGGUAAUAUCUAAAGCCAUAGGCUUACUAAAAGGUAGAUUUAGACGUCUGAGAUUAUUACUGAUGCAGCACCUUGCACAGUGCAGUGUUGCUAUCAAAGCUUGCUGCAUUCUUCAUAAUAUGUGUCUAGAGAAUACUGACACAGAACCUGUAAAUAUUGAAGAAGAAGAUCUUCCUUUCCCCCCACGGAGACCUUGCAGUGACUACCAGAUAAACCUUGCAGGAGAAGCAAAACGUAAUGCAAUUGCUGCCUCAUUUAUGUAAUUCUCCAGUUUCCAAGUUAUAUAUUUAUACAUUUAUUCUAUAUUUGUACUGCAUAGUGCUUGGCAAUAAAAAGUGAAA